GAGAAGGGGGGAAGAGAGAGACAACAUGCUGAGGAAGCUCCGGCAAGUACGCAGUGCUCUGAAAGAGCACAGUUCCGUCAGCUACGCGAAGAUCGCUUCAGCGUCGGGGUAUUCCGAUAUCAAUCUCAUCCUCAUCAAAGCAACGCCACCAGAUGACUUGCCUCUUCGUGACAAAUACGUACAUGUGCUCUUGAAAAUCUUUUCCUUCUCUCCUUCUUCCUUCCACUCCUUCUCCGUCAGCUUCACUCGCCGCUUUGGCGCCACCCGUAGCUGGCGCGUCGCGCUCAAGUGCCUUCUCCUCCUCCACCGCUUGAUCCGGUCGGUCCCGGCCGACAGCCCCUCCCGGCCUGAAAUCCUCUGGUCAUGUUCUAACGGUUUGCUUUCUCUUUACCCUUGUCAUUUUCGAGACAAUUCGUCUUCGUGUAGGUCUGCCGAGUACACUGUUUUCAUUAGAUCCUACGCUCUACUGAUUGAUGAAGCCCUAGAUUGUGUUUUCUUGGAAGGCAAGAAAUUAUUCUAUGAAGAACAAGAAGGUGAAGGUCAAGAAGAAGAAGGAGAGAGUAAUCAUGGGACUGAGAAAUUCGAAGCGAAGAUGACAGAUAUUGGUGACAUGCUUGAGAUGUUACCGCAGCUUCAAAGCAUCAUGGACAGAGUGAUGGGUUGUGUUCCCAUGGAGAAAUUAACAAAAAGUUCCAUCGUUCGAUCGGCGAUGACACAGAUAAUUCGAGAUAGCUUCGUUUGCUACACACAGUUCAGAAGAGAAAUCGCAGUGGUUUUGGAUAAUCUUCUUCAAAUGCCUUACAAGAAUUGCAUAGCUGCUUUCGCUAUAUACAAGAAAGCUUCUGUACAAACAAGCCAACUUUCCCAAUUCUAUGAUUGGUGUAAAGCUAAAGGAUUUUGCGGUUUCUAUGAGUACCCUUUGGUUGAUAGAAUCCCACUAAUACAAAUUCAAGCUCUGGAAUCUCUUCUCCAAGGCAUGUGGGAGCUAACCGAGACGCCAUCAUGGUCACCGUUAUCACCGGCUACGCCGAGCUCUCCGUUGUCAUCGUCGGUGGAGUCAGAAAAGCCCGUUGCGAGAAGACGUGGUGAUGUUGCAUUCAGGAAACAUCAUAAUAAUAAGCUUGGUGAUAAAGAGGAGAAGCCAUUGAUUGAUCUCGAAGAUGAUGGUAAAAAGGAGGAUGAUAGCUGGGAGGCAUUGUUGGAAUCUUCUAUUAGCUUUUCUCAUGAUCAGACUGAUUUUGGCUUCCGGGGUUCUAAAAAUGGAUUCAAUAACCAUAAUAAUUUUGUUGGGGCGUAUAAGGGGCAAGGAGAGGACGAUGCAGGUGACUCAUGGAAGAGGCAAUUGUAUCAACCUGCAGUGGGAAUCUGCCAAAUAUGGAGGAACUGGUGGUCAUUGGUGCAAAAGGCUUCGUGA